AUGAAAUGCUUUGCUGAGUUACUGUCUGUUUUCGGCAACGAAGCGCCACAUCAGUCGACAAUUUCCCAUAGUCUUGGCGACGAUCCCAGGGUGGGUGCACCAAAAACGGCAGUUACCCAGGAAAACAUCGAUGCUGUGCGCAAACUCAUUAUUGAAGAUAGACAUGUGACAUAUCACGAGAUUGAGGCGUCCUUGAAGGUCUCAAAGACCUCAAUUCAAAAAAUUUUACAUGAAGAAUUAUUAGUAAGAAAAUUAGUUUCUCAGCAGAAAACAGCCAGGGUUAAUUGGUGUCAAAAAACGCUUGACCGUUUCAAUUCCGGUAACUCAAAAAAUGUGUACAGCAUUGUUAGUGGUGAUGAAUCGUGGAUUUACUGUUAUGAACCAGAAAAUAAAAGACAGUCGGCUAUGGUCGGGACAUUUGUGUCAAAAGCGGGUCAUAUUGAAACAAUUCCUCUUAAUGAGCAAAGAACUGUUACUGCGGAUUGGUAUACCACCAUUUGUUUGCCAAAAGUCAUCACCGAGCUUCGAAAAAUCAACCCCGAAAGAAGAAUCAUCCUCCAUCAAGACAAUGCAAGCUCGCACACAGCCCAAAAAACAAGGCAGUAUUUAACGAAAGAAAACGUGGAAGUAUUGCACCAUCCUCCAUAUAGUCCUCAUCUAAUUCCUAACGAUUUCUUUACUUUCCCGAAAAUUAAAAACAUACUGCGUGGUCAAAGGUUCCAGUCACCAGAAGAAGCAGUUGACGCAUUCAAAAAUGCCAAUAAGUGCUUCGAAAAUUGGUUCGAGCGCAUGCAGAUGUGA